UUGGUAACGGCGUCUACUUCUUGGUAAUGGAUUUGAGCCUCCCUUGUUUGAUCUUUUUCUUCUUGGUUGGUUUGGUCAACUCUCUUACUGAUAAGCAUCACUACAAUGGCACCCGCCAAUAUCAGUACUGUGUGCUUGGCGCUGGGCCGGCAGGACUGCAAAUGGGACACUUUCUUUCCAAGGCUAAAAGAGACUACAUCAUUUUGGAGAGAAACUCUGGACCGGGCAGCUUCUUUAACAUAUAUCCCAGACACAGGAAGCUCAUUAGCAUUAACAAAAUUAACACAGGAACACAGAACCGAGAAUUCAACCUGCGACAUGAUUGGAACUCAUUGCUGAGUGAUAGCCCUGAACUCCUGUUCAAGCAGUUCAGCAGUGAAUUUUACCCACAUGCUGAUGCGUACCUACAGUAUUUGUCCAUGUUUGAGAAGAAGCUUGGAUUGAAAGUCCACUACGGUGUGGAUAUUGGAAAUAUUAGGUCGAUGGAGUCAGCCAAUGGGAGGAGCUACAUCUUGACUGAUCAGCAUGCAUCAAACUACACAUGCAGCAUUCUUCUGGUAGCCACAGGGAUGUGGGUUCCUCAGAAGCCCAACUUUUUGGGUUCUGAGCUGGUUGAGGGCUAUGAGUCCAUUUCUACUAACCCUGAGGACUACAGGAACCAAGCUGUACUUAUCCUAGGCAAGGGGAACUCUGCCUUUGAAACAGCCCAAAGCAUCCUGGGAAGAGCAAGCCACGUCCACAUGUUCAGUUCCAACCCUGUUCGACUGGCUUGGCAAACGCAUUAUGUUGGUGAUCUCAGAGCGCUCAACAAUGAGUUGCUUGACACAUACCAGCUGAAAUCACUUGAUGCAGUUGCAGAAGGGAGAGUGGAACACCUAGCUAUUGUACAAAAAGAAUAUAAAGAUCGUAACAGAUCGGGCAGAAAUCACAUCAAAGGAGAAGGGGCCGAGCGAAAGAAGAAUCAGUUAUAUGUGACACUGUCACGAUACAUUGAAGAAAUUAAACCAAAGAACGGCACCAGAGUGAAAGCAGCAAACCUGCCGGAUUAUUACCGCGACAACUUCUCAAUGCGGAAACCCUAUGACCGCGUGAUUCGAUGCCUUGGCUUCCAUUUCAACUUCAGCAUAUUUGAUAGCUCUGCCAAGCUACCGAAGAGUACCGCUGGAAGAGGGAAGAUGCCGGAGGUGACUGCAUGGUAUGAAGGUCAAAAGACGCCCGACCUGUUUGUUUUGGGAGCGGCUGCCCACUCCAGGGACUUUCGGUCAUCUGCUGGAGGGUUCAUCCACGGAUACCGUUACACAGUGCGAGCUGUACAUCAUGUACUUGAGAAUCGUCACCACAGUAAUCGUUGGCCGUCAACAAAACUGAUGACAUCCCAGCUGCUGACUUGGAUUCUGAGACGGAUCAAUGAGUUCUCUGGGCCAUACCAAAUGUUUGGUAUGCUUGGGGACAUUGUACUACUUCAAGGGUCUCAUGUUGAAUACUUGGAAGACUUUCUUCUUCAGGCCUUGCCUCAGUUUUCUUCUGUGUCAGGCCAUGAGGUCUCCAAACAUGGACUGUUAGUUGUACUCAUGCAGUACGGCACAAAGCACAUUGACUUUCUGGGAAACGACAGGGCAGAGACCGAUUGGACUGAAGCCUGGAACUCAAAGUUUCUGCACCCUGUCUUAUACUUUUAUGACACCCUACCUACUGAAGAUGAGAUGAAGCUCCGUCCCACUGGUUGGCCUUUGCCAAGACCAAAGGCAAUUCAUCACAUGGUUGAAGACUUUUUAACAACAUGGAAUGCUCCACAAUCUCAUAUCCAGCCAUUGCGUCGCUUCCUGGAACACUGUGUCCAGACUGACCUCAGGGCCUACUAUGCAGAGUCAUGUUUCCGCUUGUCCCUUACCCACCGAAAGCCACCGCUGUUCUGCCGCCAAGGGUACUUGAAGCAGCGGGGCGUGGUUGCAAAUGGUGACAUACAGCAGCAUGCUCAUGAUGCUGGACUGAGCCCUCCUGAGCAGGAUCCACAAAAAUCCGAGGCUGAUCCCUCAUUCCCCGACAACCUGAAACAAGCGGGAGCGCCGUCUUCUGGACUAAAAUUUGAUUUUUAAUCACUUGACCAAAGGCUGUUUAGGUCUCCACUGCUUAUGAGCCAUUACCUCCAGUGUGUGUGCUAAAACACAUUUUGAACAAAAAAAAAAAGGUAUAUAUCACUGGACAGACUGUGUAAUUUAAAAAAGCAGUAUGGGUGAGGUCAGGUACACGUCACUU